ACUUUGGCUAAAUGAGAGUCGAUAACCUGUUUGUAGGCGGGUGUGUGUGUGUGUGUGUGUGUGUUUUACUUAUAUGCUCUCUCCUAUUUUCUGUUUUCAUACCUCCCACUAACAGUAAAUGAAAGUUGGUCUCUUCCUCUGCAUGCUGAGGUGAUUAUUGUCUCCGUUUGCAUAAACACAACAAUGAAGAUCCUGAUUCUGUCAUUCGUUCACUGUGCCUUGUUGGCUUCAGGCAAAGCUGUUGUUCUUCCUAAAGCAGACGCUCUGAAGGGCUUGAAAUGGACUAACGCAGCAGCAAUAAACAACCCAGUCAAUAGUUCAAGUCCUUGCUCUUCCGGCUGGUCUGAGUUUAACGGACGCUGCUUCCGCUUCUUUCCUGUACCGAUGAGUUGGGCUUCAGCUCAGAGAAACUGUGUGUCCUUGCAGGCCAGUCUUGCAUCCAUCCAUAAUAUUGAUGAGUAUCAUGAGAUUCAAAGGUUGAUAAAAGCUUCAACUAAUGAGCUUGUAAGAACCUGGAUUGGAGGCUCUGAUGCACAAGAGGAAGGCACCUGGUUGUGGAGUGAUGGAAGUCCAUUUCACUACACAAACUGGUGUGCUGGAGAGCCCAAUAAUGGUGCUACCGAUCCCAGAGGCGUUCAGCAAUGUUUACAAAUGAAUGAUAAACCUGAAAAAUGCUGGGAUGACUUGUGGUGUAACUUUGCUCUACCAUUUGUCUGCGCCAAGAAAAUCUGCCCCUGUGCUCAAUGAAAGGCCUGAUAAAAACCAAACUGCAAAAGUAGCAGAAGUUACAAAUUAGCCACAGGAAAUAUUCUACUGUUUUGUCUAGAAGAC